CGCUGUUUGCAAUUUGACGUGGCAUUCCGUCAGUUUCGCCCAAACGUCAAAAAUUCAUUGUUUGUCUAAUCUCUCUCAAAAACUCCAAUGGAAGCAGUUAAAGUUCAUUCCACCACCGAAUUUCUCUCAAACUCAAACUAAACCAACUUCAAGCAUGUCAUUUGACCGUGAAUGUCCUGAAAUGGUUCACGUUGCAGUCAAUACGGACCCUCUCCAAAUGUUGUUACAAGACGAAUUCACAAAAACGCAGCACUAUGGCCUAAAAGUACGCAAUAUCCCACACACAAAAAUCUCCGAAAUGAACGAACUGAAAGUUUGGUACGAUUUUGGGGAAAAAAUCGGCGAAGGCGGAUUUGGCAUCGUAAUGGCAGUGCGCGAAAAAAGCAACAAUAAACAAUGGGCGAUGAAACUCAUCUCCAAAUCAACAGCCGGUGAUCGGAUAAAAAUGGUGGAGCAGGAAAUACAAAUCUUGAAAUUAAUCCACCACCCUCAUAUAAUCUACCUUGACAAGAUUUUCGAAUCUCCGAAAAAAAUGUACCUGGUGUUUGAGCGUUGUCACGCCGAUUUCGCAAAAAUCUACAACGAGCGCAAGCCCUUUGCUGAAAAAAUCGCCAAGAAGAUAAUUUCGGAACUGGUCGAUGCUGUGGCGUAUUUGCACAAAUACGAAAUCGUUCAUAGAGACUUGAAGUUGGAAAAUAUUCUACUCGGGGAAAACCCGCUCGACCCAACCGACGAAUACUACAUCAAACUAACCGACUUUGGCUUGAGCAGCAUCGUCAAGUCGGGCAAAGGCAUCGAAAGCAUGUUGCACGAAUUUUGCGGAACGAUUUAUUACAUGGCGCCUGAAAUGAUUACCUUCAGGUCGUACAGUCAAAUGUGUGACAUGUGGUCAAUUGGUGUGAUUCUCUACAUGCUAGUGAUUGGGAAAUUUCCAUUUUAUGGCAAAACCGAAAAAGAAAUCCAAGUGAAAAUUUGCACACAAUCGCCUAAAUUUGAUGCGAAAUUGUCGCAAGAAGUCGAAGAUUUGAUUUUGUUGUUGUUGGUCAAAGAUCCAGUCAAACGCAUACGGGCGACGGAGGUUUUGCAACAUCCCUGGAUUUUGUCCAAGAAAAUGUCCAGGACGAUGCAUUACAAUAUUAUGGAUAAGAUGAAGGAGUGGAAGUCGGAAAUGACGGUGGAAACAGGUGCGGUGUCUGAUUGGGUAAUGGCUCCAGACGACGUAAUUGAAAUCAACCGGUCACAAACAAAGCAAGCGAUGAAUCUACCAAAAACUAAUAUUAAUUUUGACAGGGCUAGUAGGAGGAUGAGUAACCCGAAGAAACCUAGUCUAAAGGAACAAGUAACAAGAGCGAAACCGAAAGGACAGUCUGGCAAAAAGCGGGUGAAUUAAAAUAGCCGCAAAGUAACGACUAGUUAUUGUGUAAUAAUGUUUACUUUACAUAUUGUGUACCCUAUAAAGUUGACAUUACAAUGA